AUCAUGUGACUGCCGUUCUGUCAAUGGAGUGUGUUGUGUGCCUGUAGUACAGUGUGCGGGCACCUAGGUCUGCCACUGCAGGGAGAAGCGGUGCCCUCCACAGCCAAGAACACGGGUUCAUUUCUCGGGCAGCCCCCCAUGAUGGCUUCUCUAAGGGAUGCAGGACUAGGAGCUUUCACGUUUUUUGCUUCAGCUCUCCCUCACGACGUAUGUGGAAGUAAUGGUCUCCCUCUAACUCCAAACUCUAUCAAAAUCCUUGGGCGAUUCCAAAUUCUCAAGACCAUUGUCCACCCCCGACUCUGCCAGUAUGUGGAUAUCACCCGUGGGAAGCAUGAGAGACUGGUGGUUGUAGCUGAGCACUAUGAAAAAAGUCUUGAAGAUUUGCUAAAGUGCAGGAAGCCUGUGAGCCCUUUGAAGAUUUUGCACUUUGCUUUUGAAGCCCUUCAGGGAUUGGAGUAUUUGAACAGCCAUCGCAUUGUCCACCGAGCACUGUCUCCGCACAAUAUCCUGCUGGAUGGCGAGGGUCAUGUUAAGAUGGCUAAAUUUGGCCUUUAUUACAUAACUGAUCAUGGAGCGGAUGUGGAUUUUCCAAUCGGAUACCCAUCUUAUCUGGCACCAGAAGUAAUUGCCCAGGGAACCGUAAAACCUAAAGAUCCCACUCAAUUUGAGAGACCUCUGCCCUCGGGACCAAAGUCAGAUGUGUGGUCACUGGGUGUAAUUCUGUUUGAACUUUGUAUGGGAAGAAAAUUAUUUCAAAGCCUUGACAUAUCCGAGAAGGUAAAAGUAAUACUUGAAUUAGGCUGCGUUGAUGACAUUGUGACCGUGCUCGCCGAAGAACAUGGAUGUGUGGAAGUGAUAAAGAGUCUUCCUGGAAACGUCUUAACGUUAUUAGGAAAAUGUCUUACUUAUCAUCCCUCAAAAAGGCCCACAGCUUCAGAUUUACUUUCCGAUGACAUAUUCAGUGACAUCUCACCUACAUACACACCCUUCCGCAAACCUGCCAGCCUGUUCUCCUCUGCUCUCAGAUGUGCCAACCUUUCCCUGCCCGAGGACAUCAGUCUCCUGUGCAAAGAUGAAGGUAACCUUCUGGCAGAACGAUCCAUUCAGGAGGUGUACCACCUCUGGUGCUUGGCUGGAGGAGACUUGGAAAAAGAAUUGGUCAGUAAAGGAAUCAUAAGGUCCAAACCACCGAUUUGCACAUUACCAAACCUCUUAUUAGAAGAUGGAGAAAGCUUUGGUCGUGGAAGAGACAGAAGCUCCCUUCUUGAUGACACAACAGUGACUUUAUCUCUUUGCCAACUCAGAAAUAGGUUGAAAGAUGUGCCUGGUGAAGCAUAUUACCCUCUCCUAGGAGAAGACCAGUCAAACGUCCCUCAUUCUGGUAGUAACAGCGAGCUCUCUACAUCCACCCUUCCUCUGAUUAUCAGAGAGAAAGACACAGAAUAUCAGCUCAACCGCAUUGUCUUGUUUGAUAGACUACUCAAAGCUUACCCAUACAAGAAGAAUCUAAUUUGGAAGGAAGCUCGAGUGGACAUUCCUCCUCUUUUGAGAGGAUUAACCUGGGCAGCGCUUCUGGGUGUAGAAGGUGCCAUACAAGAAAAGUAUGAUUCCACAGACAAGGACACACCAAUUCCUACUGACCGUCAGAUUGAAGUAGACAUUCCGCGAUGUCAUCAAUAUGACGAGCUCCUGUCAUCACCUGAAGGACAUGCAAAAUUUCGAAGGGUCUUAAAAGCUUGGGUGGUAUCACAUCCAAACUUAGUAUACUGGCAAGGAUUGGAUUCAUUGUGUGCUCCAUUCCUCUAUCUGAAUUUUAACAAUGAAGCACUGGCAUAUGCAUGUAUGUCUGCCUUCAUACCAAAGUACCUAUACAAUUUCUUUUUGAAGGAUAAUUCUCAUGUCAUUCAAGAGUACCUGACUGUUUUUUCCCAGAUGAUUGCAUUUCAUGACCCAGAACUGAGUAACCACCUUAAUGAAAUUGGUUUCAUUCCAGAUCUCUACGCUAUUCCAUGGUUCCUCACAAUGUUCACACACGUCUUUCCACUGCACAAGAUCUUCCAUUUGUGGGACACUCUGCUCUUGGGGAACUCCUCCUUCCCGUUCUGUAUUGGAGUGGCUAUUCUGCAGCAGCUGAGGGUCAGGCUUCUCGCUAAUGGAUUCAAUGAAUGCAUUCUCCUAUUUUCAGAUUUACCAGAAAUUGACAUAGAGAGAUGUGUGCGUGAGUCAAUCAACCUCUUCUGCUGGACUCCAAAGAGCGCUACCUACAGGCAACAUGCUCAGUCACCGAAACAAGCAAGCGACAGUAACGGCAUGAACAGAUCUCCAGCUAGUUUCACCACUGAAUACCAGGACUCUUCCAAGACUGAUUUGGGAAGAGAACCCAUCAAGUUAAGUGAACUAAAAGCAGAGGUGUCCCCUCGAAUAUCGGCAGAGGAUCUGAUUGACCUGUGUGAACUGACUGUGCCUUUUCACACGAAGGGACCCACCAAAAAGACCAAGUCUAGUAAGCCCAAGUUACUUGUGGUUGACAUUCGCAACAGUGAAGACUUUAAUCGAGGACAUAUACCAGGUAGUAUCAAUAUGCCCUAUGGCUCAGCAUUCACUGCAGAUAGAGAACUGGUGCCAGGUCCUGCCAGUGCCACCCUUCAGAGUUUCAAAGGCAAAGUGAUUGUGUCUGUUGGCCAUGUGUCAACAAAUGCAGCAGAGUUUGCAGCACAUCUGGUGAAGUUGGGAUACCCACGAGUUUGUAUUCUGGAUGGUGGAAUGAACAAGAUGAAGCCAACUGGUCUACUAACUGUACCAUCCCCUCAAAUAUGAAAGUUCUACAGCCUGAAGUCUCUGACCGUUGCACUGGUGUUACUGGACCAAUCUACUUCCAUAUAUAUUAUCUACAGCAUCAUGACCCUGGAAGAUGUCAGUAAAGAUUACACCCAUCAGGCUGCACACAUUACUUUUACUUUAUGUGGAGUAAAGCAGUGACCAGUUAUGUUCAAGUUUCAAGAACAAUUAGUAUAAUAUUCUGCAGUAAUAAUAUAUAUUCCAUUAUAAACCUAAAAUACGGUAAUUACAUGGGAUCAGAUUCUAGUUCUAUAAAGGGGUUGCUCCCAAUACUGCAAUAUCCAAUGUGUGUAUCAGACAUACAUUAAGGAUUUUGUGACAUUGGAGUAAGUCCAGAAAUGACAAAUCACAACACUGACCCCAUAUGCUCAGCCAUGUCUCCAAUGAAACAGUGGUUACCAAUAAGUAGAUUAUAUCAAUGGAGUGAUGGCUGUACAUGUGGAGUCAUCUCACGUUUGCCCCUGAGAGGACACUCGAAUGACUUAUUCUGGGUGACGAGUUGUAUAUUUACUAUGGAUGUGAGUAGUAGUUGUAGAACGGAAUUAUGGAAGAAUCUAAAUUAUCUGUAUGAAGUGGAUACAUCACAUUGUGAAUCAUGAGGACCCUGUCACGACAGAGGGUAGGGAUAAGAGCAACCCCACCUCUGCGGAUCCGCACUUCCGGGUCCGCAUUUCCGUUCCCGAAAAAAAUAGAACAUGUCCUAUUUUUGGCCGCAAUUGCGGACAAGAUUAGGCAUAUUCUAUUAUAUUCCUGAUUUUGAUGUCCCAAGUGUAGCAGCAGCUCAUCCACGUUACAUGGGCAUUAUCAUAAAAGUGAAGUGUAAUGUGAAUCUUUACAGCUGUUACUGUAAAAUAUCUACUUCAAUAAAAAUGUCCAUAUCUUUUUAUAAAUUGUGUGCCUUGAGUUCAUCUGUGUCUCUAAUUCAGCAUGGCUUCAUAGCAGACUGACAGUUGUAAAGAGGAGGGGAAACUCCAGAAAUCGUACAAAAAUGACAUGUGUAAUGUUUCAGCAGAGCUGGGAUUGUUUCAGAUACAGUUUUUAUCCUGCAGUCUGAUAGUUUAUAGGCUUGCAAAUAAUUAUCCUGUGGAAGAGCAAUGUACCGCAUUUAUAUAAGGUAUAGUCUAUAAGAGCACCACAUUGAAAAGUGCCCUUUGGCCUAUGUGUGGUGCCAGUUAUAGUGCUUAAAGGAACCU